AUCUACUCUUUCUCCGCCACUGCCGCGUGGGUGGAGGCCUCUGAUUGGCCCUGGGAUUUCCACGGCUCUCCAGCGUAUAAAAGCAGAGCCGCCGCCGCCGUUGUUCUAAGCGAUCCAUGGUCGGACAAUCUUCUCGUUGACGCUGGAGAGGGAUAGAACGAAGAAAAAGAUUGCUGGGUCUUGGAUUAGGAGUUUUAGGGUUUUGUAGAUGCAGCAGCAGGCGUAGAGGAGCUCGGGAGUCGCAGUUCGAGGGGCUUAACCCCGUCCUGUUUGACUGUGAAUUCCUUCGCCGAUUGUACGGCUUUUGGACGCGGUGGCCAGCAUCGGAUUCGAAUUCGAGCGCUGCACUGAUUGCGUGGUUGUAUGUUUUCUUCCUUUUUUUUUUUUACUUCCUUUUGCUGUGUGCUCUCGGAGUAGCUGAUGCGAAGUUUCAAUAUCAAGAAAGGUGGUUUGACGGGGAAAAGCUUUAGGGUUUUGUAAUAAUUUGCUGGGGCAAAUGGAGAUUUUUAGUGAGGGAAGGGUCUAAUUGAUCGAUUCUUCUCUCGGAGGUUGUGGUUGACGGGAAAGCUUGUUCUUUCUGAAUAGAUGAGUGAUAAUGAAGAAAGAUGUCUCAGUAAAGAGCUUAGAGUUUCUAUGAAAUAGAGAAAAAAGGCGUUUCUUUGAAAGAAAACCCUACUGUUCUCGUCUCUUUGUGAAGGAUGGAUUGGUUUCAGUUGAUGUGAGGAGCUCAGGUUUGGAUGCUGUACAGAGUUUGGGACUUCGGGUAGGCGACCGUUUUGUGGCUGUGCUUGCCGAAUCAUGAGCUGUAUCGACGACUAUAGAGACAGUAGGAGAGACGAAGAGGAUUUCAGGCGUCCGGGUGGGAGCCAGGUAGCAGCUGAUUCUCUGCCCCUUGGACGGCACUCCUUGGGAGCCAAUGGAAAUUUUCCAGCUGCACAUCUUGAUAUUGAUGAGAAGCUUUUGAUCGACCCAAAGUUACUUUAUAUUGGAGCAAAAAUCGGAGAGGGAGCCCAUGGGAAAGUCUACGAGGGGAAGUACCACAACCAAAUUGUGGCAAUCAAAGUUCUCAAUGGUGGCAGUACUCCUGAUGAGAAGGUAACUCUUCAAGCUCGUUUUAUCCGAGAAGUAAAUAUGAUGUCCAGAGUCCAACAUGAAAAUCUUGUCAAGUUCAUUGGAGCUUGCAAGGACCCCUUCAUGGUGAUUGCCACGGAGCUGCUUCCAGGAAUGUCAUUGAAGAAAUAUUUGAGCAGCAUUCGUCCCAAACAAGUAGAUCUUCAUAAAGCAAUUAGCUUUGCACUUGAUAUUGCUCGUGCAAUGGACUGCUUACAUGCUAAUGGGAUUAUACACAGAGACCUGAAACCUGAUAAUUUGUUGCUUACGGCAAACCAGAAGAAUGUGAAGCUUAUUGAUUUCGGACUUGCAAGAGAAGAAACAGUUACUGAGAUGAUGACUGCCGAAACUGGAACUUACAGAUGGAUGGCUCCUGAGUUAUAUAGUACAGUUACUCUGCGUCGUGGUGAGAAGAAGCACUACACCAACAAGGUUGAUGUUUACAGCUUUGGCAUUGUAUUGUGGGAGUUGUUGACCAAUCGAAUGCCAUUUGAAGGCAUGUCAAACUUGCAGGCUGCUUAUGCUGCUGCUUUUAAGCAAAUGCGCCCACCGCUGCCUGAAGACACGCCACCGGAGCUCGUGUUCAUUGUGCAGUCAUGCUGGGUGGAGGAUCCCAGCACGCGGCCCAGCUUCAGCCAGAUCAUUCGCAUGCUAAACGCCUUCCUUUAUACCCUUCCACCAGCGCCUUCACCAGAACCCGACGCUGUGCCUGCCGUGAUGAACACCCGCGGCGCCAUCACAGCGACGUCCUCCCCACGGAGGGGAGGCAAGCUUUCUUUCCUUCGUCAACUCUUUGCUGCAAAGAAGGCAGGUAGUAGCAGUAGUAGCAGUGCGUAGGCGAUGGAAAUUUAUGAUUUUUCUUGGUUUUGACCGAAGGCGGUAUACUUCACAUGGAAUACAGGAAAAAAAAUCAUGCUUAUCCAAUAUUUAUAUAUAUAUAUAUAUUUAUAUAUAAAUCUAAUCUUCUAAUCUCA